AUGGCCGCCGAGCUCGGGGAGAAAUUGCUCGGCGAGGUUCACGAAGAACGAUUAGACGAGCUCCUGCAUGACCUGCGAACCAUCUACGAGAAUCCCGAUGAUGCUCCUCUGAGACAUCCACUGGGUGUCACGGAGAUCGACGACCUGCUAGAUGUGUUCAUGCAGAGGACUCCUGUGCAACCGGCCCAGGAGCAUCCGGAUCCACCGCUAUUAGAAGAGACCGGUCCUGCUUCGGAUAACGGCGAAGGCGAAGACGAGGAAUAUGCUCAUGAUCAGGAACACGAGCCUGCUCAAGAUGAUAUCCCAAUGAAUCCACACUCGUGGGAGAAUGUUCCUGCACCAACUCACGUCCCUCGCGACACCGCUCUCGAAAUAUCGAGUACCUCGUCCGGGGCCGGGAAGUCCCAGUUACUCUACUAUCUCGCAGCCACGGCGGUCUUGCCGUCUAUGUUCGCUGGACAGAGGCUAGGGGGGCACGAAUCUGCCAUUGUCUUUAUUGACACGGACGGUCGGUUCGAAGCCGACAGACUACGAACUAUCGCUCGCGGUAUCGUGAACGAUCGACUUCUACAGAACCUCGGACCCGAGCCACAAAGUAUACCAUCUGCACCAUCUGCACUAUCUACCCCAGACCUCGAAUCCAUGCUAUCCUCAUCCCUCCAACACGUCCACGUCUUCCGUCCUGAGUCCUCAGCUGCCCUCCUUGCCACCCUCCACAAUCUCGAGACCUACCUCUACGACCUCCCCCGCCACUUCUCCUCGUCUCGCCCCCUCCACGCCAUCUUCAUCGACAGCGCGGGCGCCUUCUUCUGGCAAGAUAAACUGCACGACGAGGUCGCUCGCACCGAGGAGAUCGGUCUUCCGCAUGCCGAUAUCGAGCGUGAUCGUGCCCUCAUGCAAAGCUUCUAUCUUGCUGAUCUCUAUGCCGAGCUGGUUGCUCGGUUGAAGCUCCUGCAGAGGCUGUUUAGCUGUUCUGUCGUUUAUACGAGUACUGCUUGGAGCAGACGGUCUGUGUCAAGUACGGGUACAGGUGCUGGUGCCGGUGGAAGUGCAAGUACAGGCGAGCGGUAUGGGGCCUAUCGUCCCUCCGGGCCGUUCGAGUUGUAUAAUCCUUUGGAAGAGAUGGGGUCUGGGCCUCCGGGCCCGGCGUUUCGGUCACCGCUUCCGCCGCCUUGGGGCGUCUUUCCGGAUCUGAGGCUCGUGGUGCAGAGGGAUCGCGUGAGGGCGUUUCCGCACUCGUUGACGGCGGUGGCGGCGCAAGGGGAACAGGCGGCAUUGAGGAGGGAGGUUGUCCUGCAGGGGCGGUUUCUGGUCUGGGUCAAUGGUUGGGGGAGAGAGGAUUGGCCGAGGAGAGUGCGUGAGGGUCUGGAGAGGAGGAAUGGUGGGAUGUUUGGAUUUCGGGUUACGAGGGAUGGGGUGUGGCUUACUUGA